GCAAGGUGCAGAGUGCUGUGUUGGGUAGACUGUCUGCUGAAGAAAAGGUGUGAGAGACGAAAGGCUAGCGGAUAGGCACUCUUCAGAACAAGAGAGAGGAAGAGAGAGAGAGAGAGGAAGAGAGAGAGAGAAAGACAAACAUUAUUAGAUACAGAGAAAGUGAGAGAGAGAAAGUGAGAGAGAUAAGAACUAUGGAAUGGUAAAAAGAGUGGAGGGAGUGGUGCACAGACUCUCCUCAGCUCAGACAGCACUGGGGGACACAGAUGACAUCAUCACCAGGGGAUCUGGACAUGGAGCUGAUAAAACGAUAAAAUAAUGUUCUGCGUUCAACUCGAUAGAGUUGAAAGAGAAAGCCACAGAUCGGUUUGAAAGCAGACAGAUCUGCUAUGUGACAUUUCUUUUGAUGAGUUUUUUUUUUAAAUGUUUCAUAUUUGAUUUGUGAUGUAUGUGACGAUUGUUGGUCAGAUCUAGAGGGUGACUGCUAUGGAUUAAAACAUCAAGGAAGUAGAUAUAUUUGAAAUGAAAACCUCUAUCAAGAUCACACUCCUCUCCCUUACUGUGUUGAACUGUGUGAGCUGUAAGAUCACAGUGAGAGGAUAUGAGGACAGAGAUGCUGUCAUCAACUGUCCAUCUCAGAAGGGUUAUGAGCUCUACCCAAAGUACCUACUGAAAGGAGUGUAUAAAGACAGUGUUGAAAUGAUCCGGUCUCAUGGCCGGGCAGAAUGGACCCACAGAGGGAGAGUAUGUCUGCAGGACAAGAAGGACACAAACAUCUUCAUUGUGACCAUCCAUAACCUGACCCUAGAAGAUGCUGGGACAUAUGGGUGUGGAGUUGACAGAUGGGGAGAAGAUUUUUACACCACAGUGAACCUCAUAGUGGUGAGCAAGCUUAACAAACCGACAGCUGCCAUUCCCCAAGUCACUGCAGAGGUCACCACGGUUACUCUCCCCAACACUGUACCUGUGUCCACCCAUAACGCAACAACCAGACCGCUGACAAACAUCACAGACUCUGAGAGGACAGAGUCUGAUCCCACAUCAGCUGCAUCAGGCGGCCAUCUAGCUAAUCUCUCUGGGGGUCUUGUUGUUGCCGUGGUGAUAUUUGCUCUGCUGGUAGUGACUUUUAGGCUGAUGAAGAGAAGAGCUGAGAAAAAAAGAGCAUUACCCACACCUCUUUCUGGAAACAUCAGACCAGACUCGUGUGUGUACUCAGAAAUACAGCCUACAUCUCCGCAUGCCACUGAUGGACCCGACCAGAGUGACCAACGGAGCAGUCCAGCUCUGACAUCCAUCUACGCCCUGGUAACACCUCCAGCUCCUGUUCCUGCUCAACACCAUAAAGCAGCCAAUCAGCUCCCUCAACCCACCACUGCCAGUGAUGACAUCUACUCCCUAGCAACAAAUCUGACGCAGGCUCUGCACUCGGGUGUGACUUCAGUAACCAAUCAGCAUGAGCCUGGCCCUGCCACUGCAGCCACUGGUGGUGAUGUCAUCUACUCCAUAGCAAUCAAUCUGAUGCCAUCUCUGCCUACAAGAACAUCUGUAUCGUCAACAACCAAUCAUCAGUCUGACCCUGCCAUCUACUGCAACCUCACCUCGGCCAAUGAGAAUCCAGAUGGUUCUGAAUACGCAACGGUUGUCUUCAGGGAUGAGCCAAUUGACUCUGAUUCUGCCUCUGUCAGUUUCUCCAAAAGUGGCGCCUCCCCCCUGUAGAGAGCAGCUAGAGCUGUUUUAAUAGGGGGAGAUCUUAGCCAAUAGCAAGUGGGGAAAAACAUUAAAACACCUCCUGGUGGCCCCAGCUGUGGCGCAAUUGGCUGGGGCACAUGCACCGUGCGCCCGGCUGACCGGGUUCAAUUCCAGCCCCUGGUCCUUUCCGAUCCCACCUCUGCUCUCUCUCCCAUUCGCUUCCUGUCUCUCCCACUGUCCUAUCAUUAAAGGCAUAAAAAGGUAUCAUGUGAGGACCAACACAGACUCGUGUGAAUGACUGUUACGAAACAGUGUAACAUGCACUUCCAUUAAGGACUGUAAUUGUAGAGGAAUUAUUAUUAUCAUUGUAUAAAACACUUGUGUAAGUAGAUAUAUAAAUCACCUCUGUAAGCAAAAAUAUUAUGCUGAGUUUCAAGGACACAGA